AUCUACGUCUCUUCGUCAUUUUGAACUGGGAACUUGAAGAUGACCAACCUAUUUGCUUUGUGUGUCAUUGUCACUUCUCUAACUGCCGCGGGACUCUGGUCUCCUUCUCCGGCGUCCAAGCAAGAUCACGAGCAGGAUGUUAUCGUUAAAGAAGGCCACCGAGUGGUUGUGGUCGAGUAUGGCGACCAAGGUCGACAAAGUACUAAAGUUUCCAUCUCUCCGGAACCCGAGUCCAAACCCAACCCACUGCAUAACCCCAGCGCUAGCCAAGACUCCGAAACCGAAAGGCACCGCUCCAGAGAUCUUAUAUGCGAUGCCUUCGGCAAAUGUAAACAUAAGAUAGCCAAUGCCGUGGGGAAAGCUAAAGUGAUGGUUUCGGAGACAGCCGAGGACGUCGGAGAGGCUGUCGCCGACGCAUUCGAUGAGGCCAAAGACACUGUUUCAGACAAAUCCCAUCGAGUCAAGGAGUCGGUUGAGAAAGCCAGAGAGGGUGCCAACGGGUUCGUGGAAAAAACGAAAGACACAGUUUCAGGGAAAGUACACGACUUGAAAGAGGGUGCAAAGGAGAAUGCGAAGGAAGUCAAAGGCAGAGGAGAAGGCGUUGUGGAGGAUUCUGAACGACAAACUGCAGAGAGGAUUAAAGCUGGUGGAAACAAGCUGAUGGUAAUACUUGGUAGAGGAGUAAAGCUUGUGAAGGGUUCCGUUAGGUACUUGGGUUCCGCAGAGUCAUUGAGAUCAGUAAUGGGUGUGUUGAGUCUGCUAGGAUUUGCUAUGGCUUUGGGAAUGGGCGUGUGGACUACUUUCAUUUCUAGCUAUGUGCUGGCGAUUGCGCUGCCAAGGCAGCAGUUGGGUGUGGUGCAGAGCAAGAUAUAUCCUGUGUACUUUAGGGCCAUGGCUUCCAGCAUUGGGAUGGCCUUACUCGGCCAUCUAUUCAGCCAUAGCAACACCUACACAAAGGCUCAAGUGGUCCAAGGAUAUGUACUUUUGGCUGCACUUUUGAUGACUUUUGCCAAUUAUAUCUACAUGGAGCCUCAAGCCACCAAGGUAAUGUUUGAGAGGUUAAAAAUGGAAAAGGAAGAAGGAAGAGGAAUUGAAGAUAUAACCGCCGAUCCAGCAAUCACAACCAGCAAAGCCGCAAUGUCUGCUACAUUGCAGGCCACAGAAGUUGUAGACCGGGAGGUGGUGAAGUCCAGAAUCGUGGGGUUGAAUCAGAGGCUAAAGAAGCUGAAUUCGUAUUCAUCCUUGUUAAACCUGCUCACUCUCAUGGCUCUCACCUGGCAUCUUGUGUACCUCAGCCAGCGUCUUCGCAUAUCGUGCUGAGAACACAAUGUCUUUCUUUUUUUUUUUUCCUGCUUUGUUUUAUUAAGAUGAUGUGCAUAUUUUACCUGAAGUAGAUACUAGAUAGAUAGUGUUACUGUUAUUAGGUGGUCCAGUCCAUGGUCCAACAAGUAGUAAUGUCAAAUGUUGGAACUCAACUUUGCCCUCCAUGUUUUCACAUGUAUUGUAUUGUAUUGUAUUGUGUUUUCACAUGUAUUGUAUUGUAUUGUAUUGUAUUGUAUUGCUUUCUUCGAUUUCCUAAA